UCCUCGCAUUUGGAUUUACUGUCUCCGGUAUUGGGACCAAGAUAAAGUAACAGUAGCUCUGUUUCUGAAGGUUUCGUGAUAUUUAUAAAUUUAUUGAAAGAGAAUUUUGUAGGCGACCUGCACAUAAUCUACACUUUGUCGAAGUAAACUCUUGUCGACCAUCUCCUCUUAGGCAGUCUGCCCCUCACAGAGACCCUGUUGUUCAUCCUUCGUCAAUAUGAACACCUUCCUUGUCCUUUGUAGCGCUUUCCUUCCAGGCGUGUUUUCUGCAGCCUUGGACUGUUCCGACUUUGGAACCGACAUAUACCAAGCCAGGGCUCAGCCUACUACCCCGAAGACGACGGGGGUGAUGUAGACAUGAAUGACCGCCCGCUUCAUACUCUUCAGGAAUUCUUGGCGGGAAACGCCCCAUACGUCAGCGUUGCCAUGGACGACCGCGCCGGCAUUAUAUACGGCACAAAAAUCUGUAUUCCGGAAUUGAACAUACAGUACAACACCUUCAUCGUAUUUGAGGUGGUGGACAUGGGGUCGGACACCAGUGGACAGGGUCACUCUCGUAUCAACAUCUGUGUCCAGGACGAGCAAGCUUCUCGCGAAACCACGAUUAACAGCGCCCUUACUCUCGUCUUUCCAUCCGUGGCCCCAGGACUGGAUUGUUCCGGAUUUGGAAGCCACACGUACCACGCCACAGGCACCGGGUACUACCCUGACGACAGCCCCAUCGAGGGCGGCUACGUGGACAUGAGGGGCCGCCCACUCCGCACCUUACAGGAUUUUCUUGAAGGAAGAGUACAGUAUGUCAGUGUUGCCAUGGACGACCACGCUGGUAUAGCCUACGGGACGCGGAUCUGUAUUAAGGAGCUAAACAUCAAGUACAACAAGCUCAUCGUGUUCGCGGUUGUGGAUACAGGCCCAUCGUUCCGAGGAAAGGGUUACACUCGUAUCGAUGUCUGUGUCGAAGACGAAAGAGCUUCCUUGGACCACACCAUCAACGGCCCUCUCACCCUUGUUUUCCCUUAAAGACAGAAUGAUUUUGUCAGUGCAACUGUCCUUUGGGUUUGCUAGAAAACUAUUAUGGGAAAGUUGACUGUACGCUCAUAUCACGAAAAGAUAUCGUGUGUUUACUCCUGAUCGUGUGAUGUCUUUAAAUAUUCGGACAAAAGUUCUCUAAGCACACGAGUAAAGAAACAGGAAUCAUCAUCAUCAUCAUCAUCAUCAUUCAUCAUCACAUCAACAACAACAACAUCCUCCUCCUCAUCAUCAUCAUCAUCAAAGGCACCACCAGCAUCAUCAUCAUCAACAACAACAACAUCUCCUCCUCAUCAUCAUCAUCAUCAAAGGCACCACCAGCAUCUCUAUAUACAAAUAAUUCUCUGCUUUAAGCCCUUGCGAAAAUCUCCCAAUACACCAUAUUUUUUUAACAAUAUCAUGAAGGAAUUUCACUCACUGCAACACGGGGAACACCUGGUCAAAAAUGAGAUUUUGAAAAGACUAGGGGAAGGUAGCAUUAGAACCUUAACAACACAGUAACGGUCAUCAAGUACUUAACCCUCCUCUACCUGACUGAAGUAAUAAAAGUCAUGUUGAUACAUUAUC